UGGCUUCUGGCUUCGUGUGCAGCUUGGCCGCUGCUGCCGUUGUGCUCGUGCUGUGCCCGAUACCUCUGGCCCAAUUCGUGCAGCUGUACAUUCAUUGCCAGUCAAUUCAUCCUACAUUCGAACUUAUCGACUUGCCUUUGUUUGUAGGAGUCUUUGAAAGAUGGCCAUGGAAGUGGACGACGAUUUGGACGUGGACCAGUCUGAGCAGCCAAGUUCCACUAGCUCUGCCAGGGGAGACAAAAAACGCUUUGAAGUCAAGAAAGUGAGUCACAUUUCCUCGCUUGGCUUGCUGUGUUCCUUUUGGUUUGACUGUAGGGUGUUUUCUAAAUAUCUAUUCCUUAUUCUUUUUCAGUGGAAUGCAGUUGCGCUAUGGGCAUGGGAUAUUGUAGUGGACAACUGCGCAAUCUGCAGAAAUCACAUUAUGGAUCUCUGUAUCGAAUGCCAGGCUAAUCAGGCUUCGGCAACCAGUGAGGAAUGCACCGUAGCUUGGGGAGUAUGCAAUCACGCCUUCCACUUUCACUGCAUCUCCCGGUGGCUGAAGACGCGCCAAGUUUGUCCACUUGACAACAGGGAAUGGGAAUUCCAAAAGUAUGGGCACUGAAUGACUGGGCUUCAAGGCUUCUAAAUUCAAGCAGUGGAUGUUUUGCUGCACUUAAUAAAACAUUCGAUUUUUCGACUAUCUUAAGAGUGCUAUUUAUUUCGGUGCUUCUGCAGGAAUAAAAAUGUCAAAAUGUG